UGGGGAGGAGGAGGAGGAGGAGGAGGAGGAAGAAGAAGAAGGAGGAAGGAGGGAGAAAAGAGGAGAAGGAGGAAAAAAGAGGAAGUGGAAGAAAAAGAGAGGAGGGAUUUACACUGAGGGAAGUUUGACACGAAUGCACAACGCAGGCUGUGCUGGGAAUAAUACACAAGCGUGCGUGCCAGUGCGGGAUAAAUCAGUCUGGGCUUGGCACGGCUUGAGUUGAGGUGUGCCACCAGGCUGGACUUUGAAGUUCAUUUAUUUAAAAAAAAAAAAUCAGGAAUAACCAUCAAAGCUCCGCAGCGGAUCAUUCCCCUCCACCGCAGCGGCAGCGGCGGUCAGCUCAUGCGUGCAUGCACCGCCUUGGCACUCAGCCUGCACGGAAACUUGAGCGUUUUUUAAACGGAGUUUGGCACACGGCAGGUCCCAGUUGGCGAAAGCUAGAUCUCCACCUUCCGUGUGUCGCCACCGCGGGAAGCCUUGCGCGGUGCACGCCGGGGCAGGGAGCCUCUCUGUCGGGGUACUACAGCACGGAGAGUCGGUAACGGACGGCGCCUCUUUCUGGCUCCCGCUCGCUUUCCGUGAUAUUACUUUUAACCGGGACUCCUGCCCGGGGGUUCGUGUUAGUUAGCCCCCCCCCCCCUCCACCACCGGAGACGUGGAGUUGUUGUUCUCGUCGGACCUGACAGUUAGUUUGGAGGUUUGUUUGGCUCGGAGGGGAACUUGCUGUCGUCGUGGAGGGGUUUUCUCCGGACUUGGAGCGGUGACAGCGGGGUCUAACUGGCAGGAUAAUCGGUAAAAACCCGUCCUGUGUGGGGCUAACACAGAACUAGCUCCGUGCCGAGCCGAGCCGAGCCGAGCCAUGCCAGUCAGAAAGAAAGACGCACAGCGAGCCCUGCUGCUGCUGGAGGAGUACCGGGCCAAGCUGCAGCACGCCGAGGACCGGCAGCUCCGGCACUCCAUCCAGAGGGUCAUCGACAUCUUCCAGAGCAACCUCUUCCAGGCUCUCAUAGAUAUCCAGGAAUUUUACGAAGUGACCUUAUUGGACAGUCAGAGAUGGGUGGAGUCUCCCAAGGUGGCGGACCCCAUGGCGCCCGUCAACCUGUGGGACUUCUCCAGCCUUCAAAGCACAACGGUGGCCUCGGACACUCUGCCCAGCCUUAGCACCAGCAUCGAGCCGCUGUUCAACCCGUCUGGCACUGAAACAGGCUCAAAACAAACCACAGAGACUCUGUGCAGAUCCAGUUUGAGCCAGGACUCCCCCCUCCUAAACGAAAUCCUGCACACGUUGGCGCAGGCCAAACGCUCGCCCGGCCGUGACGGACAAAAAUACAGGCAACACGAUGAGGACUCGUCCCCCCAGGACCAGAGCUCCCCCCAGCUGACAGAGGAGGCAGGGGGGGCCGAGCUGGUCCAGGUAGCAGAGAAGAACCUUUCCCAGAUCGAGAAUGUGCACGGAUACGUCACCCACGCUCACAUCUCCCCCAUGAAGGUAGCAUCUCUGGAGUGCAUCUUUGACGGUUCUUCAGCGUUAGGACAGCACCUCCCGGAGCUCCCCUCCCCUACGCCCUCCACUCUCUAUCCCCACGGCGAGGACAGCCCCCUCCCCUCCUGCUCCUCCAACCCCUACCCCCCAAUCCAGCAGGCCGAGGCCACCCCGCCCUCCUCUCCCAUAAUCCCUGUGAUCCCAGUCUCGCCAAUCGCAUCUGAGACCACCAUCAUCCCUCCGACGUCACAGGCCAAUCCUCCUCCUGUGGUGGUCAACACAGACAGCCUGGACUCGCCUCCAUAUGUGAACGGGACGGAGGCUGAUUAUGAGUACGAGGAGAUCACGCUGGAGAGGGGGAACUCAGGGCUGGGCUUCAGCAUCGCGGGCGGCACAGACAACCCCCACAUCGGUGAAGACCCCAGCAUCUUCAUCACCAAAGUCAUACCUGGAGGAGCCGCAGCCCAGGACGGGCGGCUCAGGGUCAACGAUGUCAUCCUGAGAGUUAACGAGGUGGAUGUCCGGGAUGUGACCCACAGCCGAGCCGUGGAGGCUCUGAAGGAGGCCGGCUCGCUGGUCCGACUCUACGUCCGCAGGAGGAAACCCGUCUCUGAGAAAGUGAUGGAGAUCAAACUGGUGAAGGGACCCAAAGGUCUUGGCUUCAGUAUAGCAGGCGGAGUGGGGAACCAGCACAUCCCGGGCGACAACAGCAUCUAUGUCACCAAGAUCAUUGAAGGAGGAGCUGCACAUAAAGACGGGAGGCUGCAGAUCGGAGACAAACUGCUGGCUGUGAACAGCGCUUGCCUGGAGGAGGUGAGCCACGAACACGCCGUCACUGCCUUGAAAAACACUCCUGACGUGGUCUACUUGAAAGUGGCUAAACCCAACAGUGUCUUCAUGAACGACAGCUACGCCCCGCCCGACCUCACCAACUCGUACUCCCAGCACAUGGAGAACCAUAUCAGCCCCCCCAACUUCCUGGGUCAGCCCCUGCCGCCGCCAGCAUCCUCGGGACGCUACUCCCCGACCCCGAAGAGCAUGCUGGGAGAAGACGAUGUCGGCCGGGAGCCCAGGAAGGUGGUGCUGCACAGAGGAGCGACAGGACUGGGCUUCAACAUCGUGGGCGGGGAGGACGGAGAGGGCAUCUUCAUCUCCUUCAUCCUCGCUGGAGGACCAGCUGACCUCUGUGGAGAGCUGAGGAAAGGAGACAGACUCGUCUCUGUGAACGGGGUGGACCUCCGUAACGCCACCCACGAACAGGCUGCCGCCGCCCUGAAGAACGCCGGGCAGACGGUGACCAUCAUCGCCCACUACAGACCAGAGGAGUACAGUCGGUUUGAGGCGAAGAUCCACGACCUGAGGGAGCAGAUGAUGAACAGCAGCAUCAGUUCUGGAUCUGGAUCUUUGCGGACGAGUCAGAAGAGGUCGCUAUACGUCAGAGCUCUGUUUGACUACGAUAAGACCAGAGACUCCGGUCUGCCCAGUCAGGGACUCAACUUUAAGUUCGGAGACAUCCUUCAUGUGGUGAACGCCUCCGACGACGAGUGGUGGCAGGCCAGACAGCUGACGUCACAGGGGGAGGCGGAGGAGGUGGGGGUGAUCCCCAGCAAAAGACGGGUUGAGAAGAAGGAGAGAGCGAGAUUAAAGACGGUGAAGUUCAACGCAAAGUCUCGAGACAGAGGGCAGUCUCUCAAUGACAAGCGUAAAAAGAACCUCUUUUCCCGAAAGUUUCCGUUCUACAAGAGCAAAGAGGCGAGCGAGCAGGAGACCAGCGAUGUCGACCAACAUGUGACCUCUAACGCCAGCGAUAGUGAAAGUAGCUACCGUGGGCAGGAGGAGUACGUGCUGUCGUAUGAACCCGUCAGUCAGCAGGAAGUGAACUACACCCGUCCCGUCAUCAUCCUCGGCCCCAUGAAGGACCGGAUCAACGACGACCUGAUCUCCGAGUUCCCCGACAAAUUCGGAUCCUGCGUCCCACAUACGACCCGGCCGAAGCGGGACUACGAGGUGGACGGCAGAGAUUAUCACUUUGUGGUGUCCAGAGAGCAGAUGGAGAAGGACAUCCAGGACCACAGGUUCAUCGAGGCGGGACAGUACAACAACCACCUGUAUGGAACCAGCGUACAGUCGGUCCGAGAGGUGGCUGAGAAGGGUAAACACUGUAUCCUGGACGUGUCGGGGAACGCCAUCAAGAGACUGCAGCUGGCUCAGCUUCACCCCAUCGCCAUCUUCAUCAAACCCAAAUCUGUGGAGAACAUCAUGGAGAUGAACAAGCGUCUGACGGAGGAGCAGGGCAGGAAAACCUUCGACAGAGCCACCAAGCUGGAGCAGGAGUUCACGGAGCAUUUCACAGCCAUCGUUCAGGGCGACACUCUGGAGGAGAUCUACGAUCAGGUGAAGCAGAUCAUCGAGGAGCAGUCGGGUCCGUUCAUCUGGGUUCAGUCCAAGGAGAAGUUAUGAGGAUCAAAACACUGUCUGCUCCAUUGCUCCUCUUUAGAUUCACUUUGUUUUAUUUUGAAAAGAAAAGUCGACCUGCAGGCGGCAGCCUCACCCCCUCCUCACCCCGAUCAACGUCACGACACGCCGGCUGACCAGAGUGAUGGUUUGUUUGUUUUGUUUUAGCCUGAUAAGACUAUUGUUGGGUUUCCUGACCAGCAGAGUAAAGCACACAGGAAGUAUGAUGACAUCACACUCAACACGGUACAGCUCCUUAAUGUUUAAGGGAGGAGAACUAAAGAGGAGGAGGAGAAGAAGAAGACGUGUCCAUGAAAGUGGCGAGAAGAAACGUACGAAGCAGAUUUUAUCUUUAGUUUUUUUGUUUGUUUGUGGGUUUUUCUCCUUUUUUUUUUUUUUUGUCUUGUAAGGUGAGCGUCGACGGACGGACGGAGUUUCAGUCUCAGGCAGCGUCUUUCGGUCCGGAGGAAGGCGGAGACACAAAAAGCAAAACUUUGCACGUUUGAGCUUUAACAGCAUGUCAUUUAAUACCCCGUUUAUUUCCCAUCAGCCCCUUCACCUCAGCGUCUGACGUCACAGCUUUUCCUCUUCUGUUUUGCUCAUUUCAUCACUUCUCGUGUUUGUUUUUUUUACACUUGAGUCGAUUCACGUUUAGUAAAAAUGUUUUGCUCCUCGCUGCUGCAGGAUGUUUGUCAGGACUCUGCAGGGUUCCUGCUCUGCUGCUAGGGGGCGCCGUGGAGCUUCAUACGGACGUCUGUGUGUCUUUAAAGAUUACAUUUCAUUCAACACGAUCAGCUUGUUUUCUCUUAAUGAAUUAUGAUUUUAUUGCUGAACAUUUAGCAUUUUAGACAUUUAGCUUGACCCCCGUUUGAUGAGGUCAAAGGUCACAGCAUUAAUUAUUCCACUUACACUGCAAAAACAUCUCGAUCUCCUCAAGUCAUUCUGUCUAUCAACGAGUGAUUUCCACGAACAAGAAGGGAGAAUAUUUCAGCCCGUUCGUGACUCGUAUCAAGACUUUUACAAAUCAGAGUCUGUAUCUCGAAACGAGAAAGAGUUCAGCGCUAGUCACGAGGAAAAACGUGAUUUUUAGAAAAUACUUAAAACAAGUGUAAUCGCAUUUUUCAGAAGGACACUGCAUUCACCAAAGAAAGAAACAAUACUGGAGACAUUUACCUCGUAAUUAUUGCUUAAUAAGAGCCCUCUCAUAAUCCCGAGAAAACAUUUAUAGUUACGAGAAACCUAUCCUAAUUACAAGAAAAUUCAGUUACCAGAAUAUGGUCUUUACAAGAACAUUGAGGUUGUUUUCUUGAAAUGGUCGAUUAAACAGAUAAAAGUAUAUGAAUAAACAAAGAAUUUCAAGAAAACUCUGCUAUAAUUAAGAGAAAACUACUUAAUAAUUAGGAGAAAGUCUUCACAGGAAAAUGAUCUUCUAAUCACAAGAAAACUUCUUGAAUUCUGAGAAAAUUAUUUCAGAGUUAGAAGUAUUUCAUAAUUACGAAAAAACGUAAUAUCACUUAAUAUGGGAAAAUGCAUAAUUACGGAAACUGAUCAAGAUUUGAUCUAAUUAUGAAAUAUCGUGUCGGGUUUUUUUGUUUUGUUUUUCUUGAAAUAGAUUCAGAUUUUGUGUCUUUUUUAAAGACGGGACGACCGGAUGAGACGAGAUGUUUUACACAUCAGCUGAUUUUAAACUUUUAAAUACACUUUUACUGAACAGAUUUUAUUCUCAUCGGUGUGUUUGGGGUCACGCGGUUCGGAGCGGCGCCCUCUACGCCGCGAGUCCGAACCCCGUCAGACGUCCGUCAGUGUCUUACCAUGAAAACGAUGUCGACCGUGUGAUGUGAGUCGUGAACCUGCAGACGAGCUGCCGCCUCCAGGUGUCCGCAGGUGUGUCCCAAACACGCAGACGAUUAUUGUACAAUGAGAUUUUGACAGAUAUUUAACCCUCGGUAAACUGCCUAUUUUGUUAUAAUAAAAGUCUAUAUUGAACUUUA